GUGAGCGGCGGGCAGGCCGGGCAUGGCGUCCAUGGCGGCGGCGAUCGCGGCCUCGCGCUCGGCCGUCAUGAGCGGGAACCGGCCUCUGGAUGACCGGGAGCGGAAGCGCUUCACCUAUUUCUCGUCGCUGAGCCCCAUGGCCAGGAAGAUCAUGCAGGACAAGGAGAAGAUCCGCGAGAAGUACGGGCCCGAGUGGGCGCGGCUGCCGCCCGCCCAGCAGGACGAGAUCAUCGACCGGUGCCUGGUGGGGCCGAGCGCCCCGGCGCCCCGCGACUCCGGGGAUUCCGGGGACUCCGAGGAGCUCGCGCGCUUCCCCGGCUUGCGCGGGCCCACGGGCCAGAAGGUUGUGCGCUUCGGGGACGAGGACAUAACUUGGCAAGAUGAGCACUCUGCCCCUUUCUCCUGGGAAACAAGGAGUCAGAUGGAGUUCAGCAUCUCCUCCUUAUCCAUCCAAGAGCCGAGCUGCGGCACCGCCGCCAGCGAGCUGAGGCAACUGUCCAAAGCUUCUCAGGGCUCACAGGCCCUCCGAUCUUCCCAGGGCAGCAAGUCCUCCAGCCUGGAUGCCCUGGGUCCUGCCCGGAAGGAAGAGGAAGCAUCCUUUUGGAAGAUCAAUGCAGAGCGGUCUCGGGGGGAGGGGCCCGAGGCUGAGUUCCAGUCACUGACCCCCAGCCAGAUCAAGUCCAUGGAGAAAGGCGAAAAGGUCUUGCCUGCCUCUUAUUGGCAGGACCCCGCCCUGAAGGACAGGGAGGUCAAGGCAGAAAGGCCCAACAACCUCCGCCAGGAGCAGCGUGUCCUUUCCAGUGUCAGUGUUGAGCGUGAGAGACCCCAGCCUGUCCAGGCCUGCACCAGCAUGUUGAACGAAGCCACCCCCUCCGAGCCCGUGGGGAAACUGCCCUCUCUUGAGGCCAGGCAGGAAGAUAUGGAGGAUGUGGAGGAUGCUCUGUUCUCGGAACCCAUGCCCGCACAGGUCAGCUCAAGUAAUGUCAUCUUGAAGACGGGAUUUGAUUUUCUGGACAAUUGGUAAAAUGUGUUAGACAAAAAAAAUGAAACCAAGAACCCCAAAAUGUUUUCCAAAGUGGUGUGGCGGAGGAGGAUGAAAAAGGGCAGCAUUCCCUUGUAUCUUUUCCUGGUUUCCCUAUACUCUUUUCUUAAUCAUUUGGAAACUGAUAAAUAUUUUCUUGUCCAGAUUUCCAGAUUUUUCCCUUUUUGGUAAGACCAGAUAUCUAUGCUAUUUUCAAUGAUUUAAUAACAGAAAUUUUGCAUUUGGAAUUUUUAAAGACUAUUAGGAAUUCAGUAAAUCUUGUAGAUAAAACUUCUGUUCCAGCUCCACCCAAUUUUCCCCCUUCUCAGAGAAAGAGUUUUCUCGGCCAUGUCACAAAAAUCAUAAAAGUGGUUUCCAUCUUUCUCCUUUAUCCCCUCCCUUUUUUAAAUGUAUGGAGUUACCUUUCGUGGGUGACUGUUGGUGAUGUCCUCAGCAAUAAUGACAUCAGUACGCCGGCUGUGACCACGGAAAGAUUUGCCCCCCACGAAUUCUUGCCCGAUGCUCCCCACUGUCUAGGGCUUCCCUUGCUGAAGCCACGUUUCUCACAUCAUGUGCCGCCCUCCACCCUCGUGUCAUUUCCAGGAAACUGACUGUUGGCACCUGGCAGAGGUCAUCUUUAAGCUGCCCUGAUACUACUCAAACUAUUCACCAUUGUUUAAGAAGAGUUGCAUGUUUAGAAGUUUUGUAUUAACUUUUCAUUAUUUUGUAUCUAGAUUUAGCGAUUGUAGGGCCACCACUUUUCUUGGGUUUGUACCGAUUUCCUUUUGGAAGUUCACUGUUACUUACCUGGCGGGUUGGGUGUUCCCCGUCCUGCAGGGGUAAGGGCAGAUGGCAGGUGUUGCUGGAGGACAGGGCUCUUCUGAUUAGUUGUGUUAGAACCUUCCAGUGUGGGACUGGCAGGGGCAGUGGACGUCCCUCUUCUGGAGGACUGGUCAGAGUGUGUCACGAUGGACCCUCCCCCAACCCUGACCAUCAGCAGGAGUGGAAGAGUGGAGUCUCUGCCUCGCCCCAGCAGCGCCUCCUGGAGACUGUUGUGAUCAUAGCAACAGCGUCUCCUGGAGCUGGACUUGGCUGCCCACAGCUUCUCCGGUGGAGGCAGCCCUGAGGCUGCCCAGGGGAGGGAGGUGGCCUGUGCCCCAGUCAGGGUGGCGCGUGGCAGAGUGAGGAGGAGUGUGGGCCUUACCCUGGGAAGCGUGUGCCCUGACCGCUGGCCCCUGAGCUGCGUGAGCCUGCAGGAUGUGCCCAAACGUGAUCUACACAUUGCCUCUCACUGUGUUCUCCUCACCUGAAGCCUUAAUCCCUGUGAGUCCUGCCUGUGAGCGCCUGGUUUCAACAUCAAAGUGUGUCUUUUUUAAAAUGUCUCUCGGUUUCACAGGACCUUCUGAAAUGAUUUCCAGAAUAUUUUAUCUGCCUCCAAGGUAAAGCACAUGACAACUUUUUUCCAGGAAAGUUUCUGCUGGCGCUGUGGCCUAGCCCACUUUGGGUUUGGUUUCUGCCGAUUAUGUUAGGUCCCCAAGCUUCAUUUGGCCCCUUGCAGUCUUGGAUUUGACCUUCCUCCUUAAGGUUACUGAUUGUAUCGUGGCAAAUACAGGUUCUUUCUAUACCAUUUAAGUACAGUUGAAACAUGCAAGGGAAAAAAGGCUUCUAGCAUGGUGGUGAGAGGAAAGCAGCCUAGAAAUCCCAGCUGGAACAGCACGGCAGGGUGCCAGCGCCUCCCAUCAGCCACUGAGCCUCAGAGCUGAUCUUACCACCUGCCUGCGCUGCUGGCCUCAAGGGCAGUGGGCUGUUUUAGAACCCAUGCUUGAAAGCAGGGUCCCUUAAAAAAA